AACAUUGCUGAUAUUUAUGGCCUCCGCCAACUCAUUUCUGAGCCUACUCGGAUAACAGAUAAAUCAUCUACUCUGAUUGAUUUAAUUUAUACAAAUUGUCCUGAGAGGGUAGUCUGCUCUGGAGUCGCCCAUAUCAGUAUUAGUGAUCACAGUCUUGUUUGUGCGUUUCGUAAACUUUCCAUUAACUUCCCAAAGGGUCACACUUCAAUAACGUACAGAAACUUUAAAACUUUCAAUCGUGCCAAAUUUCGUAACGAUAUCUGCAAUGAGAACUGGGAAUUUUUGGCUCCAGCUCUUGAUCCUAACCAAAUGUGGACAGAGUGGAAAACCAAAUUUUUACAAAUUGUUGACAAACAUGCUCCAAUUCGAAUUAAGCGCGUUAGAUCUAAAAAUUCUCCGUGGAUUACUGCUGAUUUGAAAGAACGCAUGCAUAAUCGUGACACAUUAAAGAUCAAAGCAAUCAAGUCGAAUGAUCCGCACGAUUGGGCCAAUUUUAAAAGAAUGCGUAACAAAGUUAAUACUGAAAUUAAAGCUGCUAAAGAAUUAUUUUACAGCAAUAAGUUUACUGAAACUAAUGGCGACCCGCGUAAAACGUGGCAAAUCAUCCACGAUCUUACAUCUCGUAAAGCCGCUAAUUUAUCGAUUAGAGAA